AGGAGACGCGCGGGUUGCACGGGCCGCUACAGUUAGUCCUUGGCUGUCUCAGCCCAAGAUCCCGAGUAGGGAACACGAGCACCGCUGCGCCCUCCUGCGAGGCCGGCAGAACUAGGGUAACCGCGGAUAGCGGGAGCCAGACCUGAGCGGAUGCGCAGCGAGAACCCGGGCCUUGAUCGCCGUGCGGCUGGCUCGGCCCCGCCCCAGGAGCUCAGGCCCCGCCCUUUCCGCCCGGCCGCUCUGGUCUCAUUCUAAAGAAAAGAUAGUCUACGCCAAACGUGAAUGCCGCCAUGACCCAAGAACAUGGAUCCAGCUCACUGUACAUGUUCCACCGUGGAAGACAGUAAAUGAACUUUGUAGCCACAGAGCAAAGGACAGUCAUAAGUCAAUGCAUUUGCCAAUUCCGUCAGUAAGGAGGUGAGACAGGCAGAAAUAAUUGCUAAUAAGGCCUCUGUAGCCAUGGCUACUUCUGACGUGAAACCAAAAUCAAUAAGUCGUGCCAAGAAAUGGUCAGAGGAGAUAGAAAAUCUGUACAGAUUUCAGCAAGCAGGCUACCGGGAUGAAAUCGAAUACAAACAAGUGAAACAAGUUGCCAUGGUAGACCGUUGGCCAGAGACAGGAUAUGUGAAGAAACUUCAGCGGAGGGACAAUACUUUCUACUACUACAAUAAACAGAGAGAGUGCGAGGACAAGGAGGUCCACAAAGUGAAGAUUUACGCGUACUGACCUUUUCAUUUCUUCGGCGUUGCAAUGCUACUUUAAGAAUUCGUUGUUUACAUUCUUCCAUCAUGUAAAUGUCAUUUUAAAAAACAA